GAGAUCAACCAGGAUCUCCAGCUGUUUCCCAACAUCUCCCUGGGCUACAACCUCCAUGACAGUUAUUUCAGCACAACCAUGACUUUGGAUGCUUUGUUAGAUCUGCUUUCCACCGGAGAAUCAAAUAUUCCAAACUACAGAUGCGGAAGGCAUACGAGACCCUUACUUGUUUUUGAUGGGUCCAAUACUGACAUUGCCAUCCAGAUAACAAAUAUGAUGGACAUUUCUAAAAUUCCACAGAUCAGUUACACUUUUGUUUCACAGGAUCUGAGUGAUAAAAGUGUCUUCCCUUUUUUCUACCAAGUGGUCCCCAAAGAAGGAGCUCAAUACCUCACAAUUAUCAAACUGCUCCAGCAUUUUAGAUGGACGUUGGUCGGUCUGGUUGCACCAGACUCUGAUGGUGGGUACAUGUUCAUCCAAAAUUUGACGCCUUUGCUUGUUGGGAAUGGCAUUUGUGUUGUUUUAUCCCAAAGCAUCCCAGUGGCUGCCCAUGAACUAACGGCUGAUACUUAUGAAUUUUGCAAGUGGACACAAGUCAAUGUCUUUGUUUGCUCCGGAGAGGUUGAUACCUUUGUAGUGGGAAUAAUCAUAACACAACAGAUAAUUGAGUUCUGCAUAGAAGCCACAAUUGGAAAGCUCUGGAUCACUUCAGCUAUGUGGGAUAUUACUUUGGAUUUACAGUAUAUGUCACACAUUUAUCCAUCCAUCUAUGGCUAUAUUUCCUUCUUGAUCCAGACAGGCAGAAAUGCCAAAUGUGGUGAUUUUCAUUCUGUUCUCAGCUCUAUCAAAGACUUUAUCAACAAAGUGUUUCCUUGUUCCUAUUCCAAGCAUGGCUUGUCUGUGAAAGGCUGGACAAGAUGCCCAGAGAAAGAGAACACAAAAGCUCUGCCCCAAGAAGAGAUUGAAGCAAUCCUGUCUCUCAACAGCUACAUCAUUUAUCACUCCAUCUGGAGUGUGGCCAGAGCCUUAAAUGCUGCAUAUUCAUCCAGAUCCAAGAGGAAAGUGAAGGGUGAGAAAGAUCAGUUGACUGUUCAGGAGUUGAAACCAUGGCAGCCUCUCCCUGAAUCCAAGUGUGUGGAAAGCUGCCACCCAGGAUUUGUCAAGUUGCCUCGGGAAGGAGAGCCCACUUGCUGUUACGACUGUGUUCCUUGCGCAAAAGGGACCAUCUCCACUAACGAAGAUGCAAAAACAUGCACCAAAUGUUCAGAGACUCAGCAUCCAAAUAAGAAACGAGAUCAAUGCAUCCCCAAAGUGAUAACCUUCCUAUCCUACAGAGAACUUCUGGGGAUCAUCCUGGCUUUCUUUGCCCUCUUCUUAUCUUUAGCCACAAUGCUUGUCUUAGCGAUCUUUAUAAAACACUUAGAAACUCCAUUAGUCAAGGCCAACAACCGAGACCUCUCAUAUAUCCUUCUCAUCUCCCUGUUGUUCUCCUUCCUGACUUCCUUCCUCUUCAUUGGCCAGCCAAGGAAAGCCACUUGUCUUCUCCGUCAAACAGUUUUCAGCAUUGUCUUCUCAACCGCUGUCUCCUCCGUCUUAGCCAAGACAAUUAUGGUAGUGUUGGCCUUCCUGGCCACAAAGCCGGGAAACACCAUGAGGAGGUGGCUGGGGAAGACUCUGGCCAGCUCCCUUGUACUUUCUUGUUCUGGGAUCCAAACUCUCAUUUGCUCCAUCUGGCUAGGAAUCUCUCCCCCCAUCCCUGACUCUGACCUCCACUCCCAGCCUGGAGAGAUCAUCCUGCAAUGCAAUGAAGGGUCUGUUGCCAUGUUCUAUGGAGCCCUGGGCUACAUGGGCUUCCUUGCUGGCAUCUGCUUCACAGUGGCUUUCCUGGCCAGGAAUCUCCCUGGGGCCUUCAAUGAAGCCAAGCUGAUCACCUUCAGCAUGCUGGUCUUCUGCAGUGUCUGGGUGAGUUUUGUGCCUGCUUACCUGAGCACCAAAGGGAAAUACAUGGUGGCUGUGCAGGUCUUCUCCAUCUUGUCCUCUGGUGCUGGUCUGUUGGGCUGCAUCUUCAUCCCCAAGUGCUACAUUAUUAUCCUGAGGCCAGAUCUCAACACAAAGGAGCAGCUUGCAUUAAAAAUAAAAUAA